UCCAGCCACCUAAUAUUCUGUCCAUCCUGACUCCAGGAGUUGAACAGCAUGAUGCUGUAUCUCUGCCUCUGUGCGCUGGCUGUUUUCCUGCAUUCAGUUUACUCUUAUAACUGCUCAGCGCAUUACAAAAGAGUUCCAGAUAAUGGUGACCUGACGGUACACUGUGGCACUAAUAUGAUCUUACUGGAGGUGAACCUGUGCACCGCUGAAUGGGCGGGCUUCGAUCCCAAUGGACUGGCCUUGAAUGGUGAACGCAAUAACAGCCAGUGCAUGGGCAACAUUGACACCAUUGUGAACCCACCUGUCAUUCGCUACCAGCUGCCUGUCAAUCACAGUCAGGAGAAUCCAUGUAGACAAUCUCUGCAGAUUGUGGACGAGGUACCCAGCCGCACCGGGCCGUUCAGCAUGUUCUCCAGCAUUCAGUCCGUCAUUAUCACCGGCUUCAUUGAUACGCCCAGCUCUGCAGAAGGCUUCAUUAGUUACUCCACAGACCUUUACUACCAUUUCUCCUGUCGGUACCCGCUGGAAUAUCUCCUCAACAACACUCAGAUUGUAGCGUCUUCGGUUUCAGUGGCUACAAGUGACAACAAUGGAACUUUUAUUGACACUCUCAGUAUGAGUGUCUACAAUAGCACAGAUUUUACCUACCCACUAGUGGUUCCACCAUCAGGGCUACAACUACGCUCUAAAGUCUAUGUUGAAGUUAAAGCAAACAAUCUCACUGGAAAUUUUCAUCUUCUGCUGGACUACUGCUUUGCAACCCCUUCACCUUAUAAUCAAACCAACACCAGACGGCAUAACUUUUUCACCGGUUGUGGUAUAGAGAACCGGACAAAUGUCCUUCUUAAUGGCCGUUCCAAGUACUCCAGAUUUUCUUUUGAAGCGUUUCGUUUUGUGGAACACCGUGAUCAAGAAAAGUCCACUAUAUAUCUGCACUGUAUACUCCGGCUUUGUGAGCCAAAUAAGUGCCAAGAGCUCCUUGAUUCUUGCAUCACUAAUAGAACUCGAAGGCGAAGGGCACCAGAACCUUUUGGAUCGCAAGCAAAAGAUUCUGCCACAGUGUCUGUGGGUCCUCUGUAUACUGAAGCCCAGAAUAACCUUCCAUCUCCAUCUCCCUAUGAAUCUGGAGGCAGUGAGCCAUUGAGUAGGAACAAUGUAAACAUGGCCGGAGUCGUGGUGGGGGUCAUGUUUGCCACCGGUGGUGCUGUGGUGCUGGUUAUGGCUGGAUGGUUUGUGCUGAAGAAGUUUUACUGGGCUGGUAGUCUGCCUCAAACUUUCCAUUAAGAGAUCCAUUAACCCGCCAUCUGUUCUGUGCUGAAUGAAGUUUAAUUUGAUAUAUCAGAUAAGGCGUCUGAUCACAGCAUCUGAACAAACUAUCAGAGGGCCGCUUUGCAUAAUGCCUAUUUAGCAUACUGUAAUCUAUUUAGACAGCAGCGGAAGUUCAGUAAACAUUUUGCACCUGUGCGCUCCGUAGAAAGCUAUAAGACAUUAUGUAAAUGCAAAACCUCAUAUUUAGAACUGUAUUUAACCAUUGUUAUAUAAUGCUUUGAUAACUUUAUAUGCCUCGAUCUGUUCAUUUCAUUUCAUCUCCUUUUAUGAUGUCCAUUGCUUGUAUAUUAUCCAAUGACUUGCUGCUUUCCUGUAAUGUAAUGUGAUGUUAGUUUAGAUGACUGUUUAGUAUACUUAGAAAUUAUUAAAUGAUGUACAGAUACUAAAUGUCUCCACCAACAUCGAUUAUUCAGUGAGUGAUAUCUGGCGAGAACAAUUCUGAAGAUUAUAUUAA